AUGGACUGGAGACGGACGCUGCGACUCUCAACCUUGACACGAACGCUGCAGAAGCGGCUAUCGCUCCGCGGGGCUACCGCCCGGCUGGCCGCGUGCUCAACUGCUGGACCGCUGUCUUCCGUUAGCCUCGACGCUGAGGCCUGGGCGAAACACAUUCAACAUCAAACGGGGGUCGCUGUGCGCUGCGGCUUCGGUCUGGACUUUGAAACAGGACGGCUGGCUCGACUCGCCACGGGAUCGGUCACCGUUCACGCUGGCAGUACGCAAGUCCUCGUGGCGUGCGUUUUGGCCGCACAUCGAGCACCAGCAAGCUUCGCCCAGCUCGAUGCCCUGUUGCAACAGCAGCACACUGCGGGGCGGCUCUCGGAGUGGCAACGGACACAGGAGCUUUUGCAGACGUUGCAUACGGCACCGUUGUGGGUGGAUGUGCGCGAGCGUGCUUCCGCUCGAGGCCUUAUUCCGACCUCCUAUCAUCGACGAGAAAGUGCUGCAACCGAAAAAGAGGUGAUUACAGCUCGCCUCAUCGAUCGUGCACUACGCCCGACGCUGCCGCGAGGUUAUUGUAUAGAAACGCAACUCACUGCCGAAGUGCUCAGUGCCGACGGCCAACUGGACCCCGAUACCCUGGCUCUGAAUGGCGCCGCUAUCGCGCUUCUCUUGGCCUUUCAGCGCUGCUUUCCGCAGCAGGUCAUGCAGGCACAGACUCGACCACGCCUGGUAGCAGCAGUCCGUAUCGCUCGAUUAGCUCAGACGAGCACCGCAGCGGACACGGUCGCUUUUCCUCCGUCCGAGUCGGCAUCGAUGACGCCUGCUCGCCCUCGCUGGAUCAUUCAGCCGAGCUAUGCGGAGCGACUGGCUAGUGACCUCGAUUUGGUCUUUGCCGGCACCAGCGAUGGCUGUUGUGUCGCACUUGAGGGCGAGGCGAAAGCCGUGCCUCCCGAAGAUAUUGCUGAAGCUUGCCGCCUGGCAAGCGCCGCGCUAGAACCCCUGCGACAGCAACAGGAAGCCCUGCUCCAGCAAUGUCGACUGGCAGCGUCGAUGCCAGGGGCAGGUGCUGGACCACCUGCCCUCUUCUGGGCGAUGCCGCGUCCACAAGUCGUUGCCGAGGCGUUGCGCCACAGCGGCGAGCGUCUGGUAUCGAUCUAUGCACAUGCUCCGGAAAAGACUGAGCGGGGUAUCGCCGUCGCUCAGGAGAGCGCCCAAGCAGUCGCACACCUGCGCCAGCACGCGGCGUCUUUGCGGUCUGCACCUGCCACAGACGCAUCGAGUGUAUCGCCUGGUGUCGAUGCUGUUGGCCCUGCCGAGGCUGCGCUGGCGGUGCUGGAGGCUUCGCGGGAGGCCUGGCGACAGGCCCUGCAGCGCCACCAGCACCGUGUCGACGGCAGGCUGCCACGUGAAAUGCGUCCCAUGGAGGCUCGCGUGCAAGUCCUGCCGUCCGAUACCUGCCAUGGUUCAGCGCUCGUGAGCCGAGGCGAGACGCAGGUGCUCGCUGUAGCGACGCUGGGCUUCCCGUCGCUGGCAAAGCGCCUCGAUGCCUACGGCGGCGGUGCCGACACCAAGCAGUUCUAUGUUCAUUACCAGUUUCCACCUUACUGCAACAAUCAACUGGGUCGUGGGGAUGCACUCUACCGGCGUCGUCGCCGCGAGGUCGGUCACGGUAUCCUGGCCGAGCGUGCCGUGCGCUCAGUGCUACCCAGUGACCUCUGGCAUGCGGUGCGUCUCGAGGCGGAUGUGCUGGCCUCGGCUGGCUCCAGCUCCAUGGCUGCUGCAGCGGCUGGCUCUCUGGCACUCAUGGACGCUGGAUUACCGCUCGCGGGUCCUGUCGCUGGGGUCAGUAUUGGUGGGAUUCUCGCCACCACGUCUGCGGGCUCGAGCGCAACGACGGAAGCGUACCUGCGGUCGCCAUUCGCACAGGAUGCAGAGCCCUGCGCGGACCUCUUCCUCGUGGACAUACUCGGAUUGGAGGACUUUUUCGGCGAUUUUGACUGCAAGGUCGCGGGGACAGAGCAGGGGAUCACCGCUUUGCAACUGGACGUGAAACAUCAAGGUCUCACCUUGGAGCAAGUGGCGCGAGCCCUGGAAGAGGCUCACCGUGUCCACCAUGUCCAGCUGGAGAAAGUCCUGCGUGUUGCGCUGCCCGCUGGAGCAGCGCGUCCUUUCCUGCCGCCCCAGGCACCGCGACGUGGCAGCUGGAAUCUGUCUCUGGCGGAUCGGGGACGUCUGCUGGGUGCUGGAGGUCAACGUGUGCGGGAGCUCGAGCAGCACACCGGUUGCAGUAUACAGCUGGAAGACGACGGAAGCAUUUCCUUGUGGGCGCCGAACGCGCAAGUUCUGGAGCAGGCUCUCGAGAUUCUGCAGCAGGUAACGCGCAUUCCAGCCUGCGGAGACUCGUUCCAUGGUCGAGUACUGCAAAUCCUGGACUUUGGGGCUGUUAUCGAGAUUCAGCCCAGUCCGAGUUCGUUCCGAUUACAGGGCCUUUUGCAUCGGUCGGCAUUUGCGUCGGCCUUGGAAUGGACCAGGGUUCAGGUUGGAGACGCUUUAGUGGUGCGGGUAACCCAAGUGGACCCACGGACCGGUUCUCUGCGGUUCGCCCAGGUUGCCCCCAUGGAUGGUAAUGGUGUUCCGAACGGCACCAGUACGCUCGAUGAGCGUCGCGAUGCAGCAUCUUCGGAAAUGCCCCGCAACUAG